GUUUAUCGAGUAGAAGUAGACGUGUUCGGUCAAAAGCGAACGACGGGCGCGCGCACAUCGUCGCCACACCUCACGUGUCGUUCGGCCGACGUGCGCAACGGACGGAGCAGCCGACCACAGGGGCGUUGUCGACGGUCGCAGCUCGGCGCCGAACCCCCGCGGCGGAGCUCGACGUCCACAUUUCCUCGGAACUGUCAAAAUCGCUUGUUGCUUCGCAGCCGAGCCCUGAAAGUAGUAAGCGAGCCCUGUCGCCGAGACACGGCGGAGAAGUUCGCAAAGAGAAAGACAAGUCGAGCUCUUCUUCAUUGCUUUCAUUAUUUUCUAAUUUUAAAAAAACAACAACAACAACAUUUUUAACCGCCGCCGCCCGCGGGCCCCGUUCCAAACCGAAGUGAGCGCCCCCGACGAGCGGCAGCUGGAUGCGACAGGUUCGUCAUCAGAUCACUGACAGAAAGUGCCUUGUGAGACGACAUCCCUAAUUCAAGGUCCCCGGGUAUUUCUGAAGAGCUUCUCCUUCUGCAUUCGUGACAGGAUAUACACAACCCCCCCCCCCCUUCCCUGACCCCUUGGGUUGUCCUCACCUGUCCUCAGUGGGAAGAAACCCCCAAGUGAAGAGGCGGAGCUACUGCACUGCUGGCCAAGGUGCCAAUGCUCAGACAGAGAAGGUACUGACGGAUUUUUAAACAAUAGAAAGCCACAAAAUUUGUGUUGUUCUAAACUGUGCCAUUGUACCUCAAAAUAGCACCACUAUAGCUCCCCUACACUCACCCUUGCACAAAUAUCAUCAGUCAAACUAAGGACAUUUUGGGGGCAUCGGCGCAAACCAGUAGGGACCGUCUCCGAGCAUGCCCCCUCUGCCUCGCCAGAGGUCUGCACCCGAGACUCACUGAUUGAUGAACAACUAGCCGUUUGACCGACAGGCACUGCGAUAGCGGUGAAGUCCCAUGCUCGGGGUCACAGAGACUUUGCCAGUCCAUUACCUCCACUUUCCCGUCCACAAGGACACACUUCAUCCACUGACCUGAAGCAGACCAUUUAUAGCUACAUGUCCAAUUAGUUUUUAGUUGUUGUUUGUUUUAUUUUUUCUUUGUAAUAAUUGGAACACUUGAAACGCCUCCUCAGAGGACAACCGCCUCCGUAAAACCAAGUGGCUCCAACUCCGCCCCAGCUCCACAGCCAGCGCCGCUGACAUGGCUCUAAACAUCGCGUCGAUACGGGACACAAAAUGGCUGACCCUGGAAGUGUGCCGGCAGUUUCAGAGGGGGACGUGUUCGCGCAGCGACGAGGAGUGCAAAUUCGCCCACCCGCCCAAAAGCUGCCAGGUGGAUAACGGGAGGGUGAUCGCCUGUUUCGACUCGUUAAAGGGCCGAUGCACGCGAGAGAACUGCAAAUACCUCCACCCACCGGCUCACCUGAAGACCCAGCUGGAGAUCAACGGGCGAAACAACCUGAUCCAGCAGAAGACGGCGGCCGCCAUGUUGGCUCAGCAGAUGCAGUUCAUGAUCCCUGGCACCACCAUGCAACCCGUGCAGACGUUCCCCAUGAGCCAGGGCCUGGGCUCCAGCGCAGGUUUGAGCUACACCCAGUACCUGACUCCCAUGUCCCACAGCAUGGGCCUGGUGCCCACGGACAUCCUGCCCAACACCCCCUGCAUCGUCCCCGGCAGCCCGCCUGUCUCCAUGACCGGAAGCUCCUCCUCCAGCCAGAAACUGCUGCGUACCGACAAGCUGGAGGUUUGCCGCGAGUUCCAGCGGGGCAACUGUGCGCGCGGCGAGACCGACUGCCGCUUCGCCCACCCGAGCGACAGCCCCAUGAUCGACACCAGCGAUAACACGGUCACAGUCUGCAUGGACUUCAUCAAGAGCCGCUGCUCGCGCGAGAAGUGCAAGUACUUCCACCCGCCGGCCCACCUGCAGGCCAAGAUUAAGGCCGCCCAGCACCAGGCCAACCAGACGGCUGUGGCCGCGCAAGCCGCCGCCACAGCUGCAGCCAUGACUCAGUCGACUGCCAAAGCAAUGAAGCGACCCCUCGAGGCAACUGUAGACCUGGCGUUCCCCCACGGCGUCCUCCAGCCCCUACCAAAGAGACAAGCACUUGAGAAGAGCAACGGAGCAAGCUCCCUGUUCAACCCCAGUUUUUUGCACUACCAGCAGGCGCUGGCCAACGCACAGCUCCAGCAGCCCGCUUUCUUUCCCACAGGGUCAGUCUUUUGCAUGACUCCCGCUAGCAGUCUUGAUCAUCCUGAAGUAAGUGUCAGGACGGGAGCGGAGUGUCACGAAGCUGCACUAGGAAACCCAAAACAGCCCCUGUGUAAAUACUACCUUACCUCUCCCAUAGAGGUCCAGCAACCUGCAUGCUAAGAGUGUGACACUUCAAUUUAACCAUAAGAACUGCAGUGCCCGUGUCACACACACACACAAACACAGAAAAGAAAGAAAAACAAAAAAAAAGAUAUAUACUGUAUGUAUUGCUAGAAAAAAAAACUAUUCACAUAAAAAGUCAAAAAUGUUCUUAUGUAUUAUACGACACACAUAGCAGACACAUUAUAGAGGUCAUUUUAACAACCAUUCUCCCAAAGUACCGUCUCUCCCCUCUCUUUUCAUAUUUAUUCUGAAAAAAACCUCUGCACAACGUUCAUCCCUUUGGUUAGAAAACAAACAAAAAAAAUCAAGAUGCUUGAUUUUGCACUAUAUGAGAAAUAUAGUGCUUUGACGUGGACGGAGGAAGAGUCACAGGAAACCCGCGCACAGCCACACCGACGCACAUGGCGAGGGGGUUUUCGUCCCAGGUCUUUUGCCCCCCCCCUCUACGAAGAUGAAUGUCCUUUGGGGGCGGACGGGCUCACGCUUUCUCAAUGAGACUGGGCCCCUGCGAACGGGGUCUCCUCGGCGACCCCUCACCUGCCCCCAGACGCUGUUCAGAUGCCAUGAUGACGCUCGUCCUCGCCCUCAUCCCGGGACACAUCUUGCCAAAGCUUGGAAGAGGACGACGCAGUCAAGCUGUGCCAGAAAAGCAGCAGAGCCCCCAUUCGCAAAACUCCCCAGACAAAUUCCUCUUUCUUUUGCCAUCGCGAAACGCUGCUCAGAGCGCCCCCCUUUACUCGUUUGUUCGACGCUGGGUUUCGCUUCUUUGUUUAGGAGGAGCGGUGGGAUCGAUUGUGCACGGAUGUCUUUUUUUUGCAUGCAGUCGGGACGGGGGGGGGGGGGGAGACAGCGCCCAGUGUUGACGGAAGAUUUGUCGUGGCCAUUACUGAAAAAGCCUAAAGGCGCGGGGUCCGUGCCAAGGGCUUCACGAAGCUUGGCGGUUUCGCUGCGGACAUACCAAGCCUUUGCGUGCGUGUUACGUGUGUGUACGUGUGUUUGUUUUCGUAUAUCUGGAGACUGAUGGUCUGCCGGCAGACUGGGACUCGACGCGAGGUCUGGCGGGUGACGACGACACCAGGGCCUGGCAGGAGAGCGCGUUGAGGGGCGGGUGAAGGAUUUUAAGUGCUAAGACUAAAACAAACAAAAAAAAAACGGUGCAUUUGACGAGGCUCGUCAAGAUUAACUUGAACUUGGACUGGAGGGCUAUCUGUGACCGUCGGUUGUCCCGUCCAACCCUACUAUCACCGAUAAUCCUGUUCCAUUUUAGAAAACUGUAGAAGUGCCUAAAAAAAAAAAUGCUCAUCAACAACACAUGCAUCCAGAGUGUAUCACUAAAAAGUACAGACACGACACACCGGCUGUCGGAACAUGGACCUCUCGGGAAAGACAUCACUUUCUUUUUCUCUUUCUCUUCUUUUUGCCGAACGGUUACAGGAAGCAAGUUUUUCUCGUGAACCAGUUCACUUAACAUCACAAGUGACUUUAAACGAAAACACACACAAAAAAAGGUUGAAGUUGGAAGAAACGACAAAUCAAAAAUAGCUUUGUAGAAUGUUCGGUGACUUUCGCGGCGUGAACCAUCGUUUCCUCACCGUGGUUCGAGUAGUUUACAUGAGGAACGUGGGCGAGAGAGGAAAAAAAAACUACAUGUAUUGUAAACUGUGUAAUGUGUCUCUUCUUUUGAGAGUUUAUAUUCAUAGUUCUAGAAAUAUAUUCAAAGUUAUUUAAAAAAAUUGUGUUGUGUCUACUAUCAAAGUAUGUUUGACCCCCCGAUCGCCCUCCACACCUCCAACUUCCUGAACAAUCAUUUUGGGUUUUUUAGGGUUAUUUUAUUAUUUCAGACCAACCGUCUUUUAGUCUUGGCAUUUUAACUCAUCAUACUAAAUCUUAUUUUCCAUUUUUAAAAAUUCUAAUGUAAUUUCAUGGUGCUCGAUUAACAUUGACAAUCCACAAUCAGACUCAUGGUUUUGCUUUUUUUUCAUUCACUUUGAAUCGUCUCCAUGUUUUUGAUUUGUGCGUAAUAUUUCGUGGAAGGUGGUGAACGUUUCUAUUUUGUUGUAAUUUAUCUUGUGUUACUCUUCUUGGUCACAUUUUAGUCCAAAAAAAAAAAAAAUGUUGUAAACUAUUCUAUUUUGAAAUGAAUGUAAUUUAUUGAGCUGUUCUACGUCCCUGCACGGUUGGUCAUUUCAAGGUCUAACCUGUCGGGGUCAGCCAAUGAGAAGCAGUGGCGGCGGUGGGGGGGGGGGGGGGGGGGGGGGUUAAAAAAGUCGACCCACCGAUAGAAAGCUCCUGGAUCUUUCUUGCCUUCUCGUCGAUAUAAAAAGAUCGCCGUGUCGCGGCGAUGAGCAUAGUUAGAGAAUCGUUUGUGUUGUUGGGGGGAGGGGAUCAAAAAAAAAGUUUAUUGUAUAGAUGACAUUUUACCAAAAAAAAAAACACAAAAAAAAGAGAACUAAAUUUCAAAAAAGAUGUACUUUUCACUCUAGUAUGAUAGUAUUUCAUAACAAUAUUAAGUUGUUGCUGUGGCAACCAAAUGUUGCAAUUACUAAAGUUCGGUAUUUUUGUAAAUGGCAUUGUUGACAAGUUUGGUUUUUUUUCUUUUUCUUUUUGCUAGAACACUGUACACAAGGUAGAUUGUAAAGAAAGAUAUGAGCAUUUCUUACUCUUCACUGAGAUUAUGACAAUUACCUAAUAUUUUCAUUAGCAAACGAUGGCCUCUGUAGUGCUGUGACUGUAACACUUACAUAGAUUGAAAGUCAUCAAUGUUACAUAGAUUAUAUAUAUAAAUAUAUAUAUAUAUAUAUAUAUAUAUGAGAACUAAAUAAUCUAUAAAUUAAUAAGUCGAGAUGUACAGCUCUUCCCCCCCGACAAAGGACCUUGAGGUUCCACACGGAGACGUUUUAUUUCGGAGCGUAUGUAUCGCCAGAGUUGAGGAUUGCACUUUUCAUAUUGUUUAAAGAUGUGAUCUGUUUUUCAUUUCCUGCUCGUGCAGUACGUCUGUUUAUCAAUCAAAAGCAGAUAAAUAACUUUUAAUUCAACUUGUUGCAUGGGAAAACAAUAUGUUUUUUUUUUCCUUUUUUCUUACUAAAUGAUAACAUACUGAAUGUUACAAGUGGAAAGAAAAAACAAUGUCUGUACACAACAUGUCCUCAUUCGGUGACCCGCGAUGCCCUUGUGUAAGGAAUCCUCUUGAAAUGUUUUUGUUUUUUUUAGAAAUGUGUUUGCAAUGAUUGACUGAUGGUUUAAAAAAGAAAAUUGUAGGCACUUUCUGAGCAGUUGGUUCCAAACACUUUGCCUUAUCUUGAGUCCAUCGUGCUUAAGGUUUUAUGUUUUUAAGAGCUCUUAUGAAAAAGUGAUUCCCCAAAUCCCUCCUCAGUUUCAUUUCAAAUAUAUAUAUAUAUAUAUAUAUAUAUAUAUAUACCUUUAAAAUGUCAAAUCAUUUUUUAACGUUUUUUUGCGACAAGGCCAAAAAAAUUUAAAAGGGUUGAACAGUCACUGAUCUUUUCCCUCUGGUCUCCCAAAAUCUGUAGUGGCAUAUUUUUUUAUUAUUAUUCUUUUGUCCCAUUGCCUUACAAAGGAACUGCUCGGAGCAUGUAACUCACAGCUUUAGCCAGCAGAGGGCGCCACACUGGGGACUGGCAGGCGAUGACUUGUGGUUGUCGCAGUGUACCCUAACCUACCAUCAAAAAAAAAGAUAAAUUCACCCCCCUCGUCAGAUUUUAUAGUUUCAAUGUAAUCAGUUCUUAAUGUAUUUUUAUUUUUUUUUUGCAUAUAUUUUGUGCUAUUUUAUGUUUCUAUAGUCCAAUAUUCCUUUGGUUCCAGCGAGAUAGUGUAAAAUCUAUUGAAAGACAGAAAUAAAGAAAAUCAAAGGAGUGUUUA